CUAUUUUUCCUACAAUUCAGAAUAUGACUUCAGAAUUGGAUGAUCAACUCGCACUGAAUGAUGGACACUUUCUAGAAAACAGGGUUAUUGGUAAGAGAGGUUACGACAUUGAAAACCCACAGUCAUACAGGGACCUAUUUUUUGAUCUCAGUUCGUCUUUGCUUGCUGAAAAGGCGGUAGCGUUUUCCGAAAAGUGUACGCGCUUGCUUAAACGUGAAUGUUCUAAAUGUUCUACAACAUUGGAAGAUAUUUAUAGGAAUCGUUCCCACAGGCUGAAAUUGUCUCUUGACACGUCUCGUAAAGUUCGUGAACUCUUAUCUAAGGCUAUAUAUUUUUUCCAAGAGUCUAUACCUUCAUCCCCUUCAGCAAACGCUUUUGAUUUGAUAGCUUUGCUUAGUGUAGCUUUAGCAAAAGACCCUAGUGAAAAUGCAAGAGCACUUCUCAAAAGCUUUUCGCAUGAAGGUUGGUAUUUGGGUUCCCCCAAUGCAUAUCUUGAAAUAUAUUGUUCGCUCCGUUUGAAUGAAGAUGAUUUGUCAUAUCCACUAAGGCACGAAUAUUGUGCGGCGAAAUUCGACUUAGCCUUGAGAACCUGCCGACUUUCUCCUAUUCUAGAUUGUCUUCUUUUUAAUGAUGCAAAAGAGUGCGUGCUGGCAGAAUUUAAACCGCCAAAGUUACCUCAAAAGAUCCUAUAUACAGAAGAAUCAUUAGAAUCCUUUUUAUUCCGAAGUUAUGCAUUACCAGCUUCCGUAAAGGGAACCUCUAUUCUCUGUUCUUUAUACAACAACUUCUUAACAUUUUUUGUUCCGAGAAAAAUGAUAUGCUAUGAGAUGGUUGGCUUAAUGGAAGGACGUCUACAAAAAAUCAAGCAAGAAUCAUUGGAGCUUUCACUCGGAGAGCAGGUUGUCUCCUGUAUUAAAGACACACUAAUUACAGUUCAGCCAAUUUCGACGUUGCCCCAUGCUGGUAAAUCACAGUUCUACGUUAGAAUGUAUGACCUUGUCUCGAAAAAAGUUUCUAAGAGCGGACGCUUGUCAUUUUGUGGUCCUAAUUACUAUUUAUGGAGCUCAACAAAAUGUCUAUUUUCUUUCUGUUCCGAUACUUUGGUAGUCUUGAGGCAUGCAAAUAGCCCGACUCUCUCUAGGCGCUGCCUGCAUGUUUGUACUGUUCUCCUCGAUAAAAUAUGUGCGAACUCAAACGAGCUUGCAAUUAAUACUGAAGGUAUGCCUCUAAUGCGGAAUCCUUUCAAUUCUGAUAGUAAUAAGGCAUUAUAUUUCACCAAAGCUACUUCUGUGUCCGUAGGUCGCGUAACACUCAAAGGUGACUUUGCUCCAUUUUGCAUUGAACUCUGGGUGUACCCAUGUGCAGUGUCUGAAGUACAAACUCUCAUAUCCAUUGGUGAUAAAAGGGUGGAUGAGAUCUUUAUUGAAAUUGAAGCAUGCAACGAUGGUGUGAUUUGGAGAGGAGGAGCUAGAACCCCUCGUUUAGGCCAAUCGUUUGCAAUGUUCACUACAUGUGGUAAGGCUUAUCUAAGGCAGUGGUCACAUGUGGGUCUUAAUUUCACCGGCACAACUUGGGAGCUGUGGUUAAAUGAUCGAUUUGUCACAGUUCAAUCAGCUCUAUUAAACCCACAGCCAAUUCAAGAUGCUAAAUGCAUAUUGUGCAAAAACUUUGUUGGGUUUUUGUCAGAGGUGAGGAUUUGGAGCUGUGCUCGUAGCGCGAUUGAGUUAAUGCGAGACGCCAAUGAGCGACUAGAGGGAACUGAGAAAGAUUUAUGUGGUUAUUAUCGCCUUGAUGAGGGUGGUGGUGAUUUUGUGACAGACUAUUCACCCAUUAGAGAGCAUGUUCUGAUUGCACACGGGGAGCUACAUUGGUGUGGGUGCCCAUCUGUGCCGAUUGCAAGUUUGUGUAGUACCAAGUCAGAGUGUCUUAUCCCAGACUUUGUGCCCUUAUCGCAAAAGGAUGAUUUUGAGUCACUCCACUUUUCUGUAAGCCCUUGCUAUUUUACUAUCGCAGUUGCUACUCGUGGUCCGGCUGUCUGUCUACACCAGUACGAUCGUACUACUUUUGCACUUGUUGCUCAGACACAUUUGCGUUUAACGGGUAAUAUCAAGAUUAUUGGCAUUUGGUGGAAUUCCACACACCAGUCUACCCAAUGUUGUGGUAUUAUUGAAGGUGCACCAGAUCGGUUUGUAAUGUGGGAAAUAGGUGAGUACAAUCAAUUUUGCUUUAAUACCCCCGCCAAGGGUGAGUACACCCUUUGGUCAUACGGAAGAGAAGUGCUUCUUCAAAGUGCCAAAUAUGCACAACCAUAUUUAAACUCUGAGCGUUUUCUUAUGGACGGCAUUUCGUGGAGGCUUUCUGUACCAAUCCUUAUGGUGGAUGCCAAUUUGAACACACUACAAUUUCUUUUAAAGUUGGCGAAGAAGGCUAUUGACGAAGAUGAUAAAGAGCUUGCACACGCAGCGUGUGUUUUGUUGCAUAUGAAUUUACUUUUUCGGCAAAGUGGCGCCACUGGUAAUCUAACGCAGGAGCUUGAUCCACCUUUUUCGGACGCCUUUGCGUUGUUAACAGUGAUCGAUGGCGACAAAUCUAAACUUGAUCUUCUUACACUUCGGAACAGAAUUGUAAAACUUGCUUUUUCAGCCUUUGCAGAAAAUUCAGGGCUGCUCGAGAUUUGUUGUUACUGUUUUUUGUCCGAAUCAUGCAGGAUUCAAUUUAUCAAAAGUACAUCCGGUAGGCAUCGAAUGCAGCACGAGGAAAAACUUUUUUGGUGUUUAGUUGGCUUAUAUCAGUCUCUGCGCUAUUGCCACGAGGUGUAUGAGCGAAACGAACAUAUCGAAACACUUUUUAAAUCACUGAUUCUAGAAUCUGCUUUUCAAGUUGAUGUUGGUGUAAGACAAAAAAAAACCACUGGUCUCAAACAAGUCAGCCGAUGUCUUGAAUUAUUGCAGGAGAUUCUCUUUGACAAAAUUGUUGAAACACCCGAAAAGGCAGAGCUCAAAGAAUUGUGCAUUAAUUACACGAAGUCGCUCUUGAGGGCAUGCGAAAAAAUUACCGAAUCGGCCAGGAAGACAUUACAGAACCACCCGAAAAUUGAGCAAACUCUUCUACAGUGUUUGAAGCUGAGUCCCAUUGGCUCUCUUCUAACUUCAUUUACUUUAUCUCUACCUUUUCUACCGACAUUUAUACUUGUUACGUGUCAGGUACCCAUACAGGAAUGCCAAGCCGCGUUGCUUUCCGUCACACGGUCAAUGUCUGAAAAAGUGAUGUGGAUGUCGGAGCUCUGCAUCGCGAUGACCUUUUCACUUUGCUUAGUCGGCUGUAUGCUGUCAAGAGCAAAUUCCUCAUCAAACACAGACAACAGUGAUGAGAGCAAAUAUACUUUAGAAUCGAAGUAUCUUAACAUCAUGCGAGGUGGUGCACGCAAGUGUGGAACUGAACGCGAUCUUCUUAUAAAAAACAUUCAGCAAGGUGUCGGUCCCAUUGGAAUAGUGUUUGAAAAAUUACAAUUAAGAGAUAAUUCAGCAUUGCGGAUGGUGCGAGAUGAAAAACUAAAAAGGGUGGAACGUUGCAUAAUGGCAGCUAUAUGUGCGCUUACUUUGCCUACAAGUGAUCUAAAAAAGGCAACACCUGAAAGUUUGGAACCCGCCUUCCAGCAUGUACUGCGAAUGCGUCCAUAUAUUAUCUCAAGGCGUCAAGAAUCGAAAGAGAAUCUUGCUGAGAUCGAAGCUCGCGCAAAUUUUUUUGCACAAUUUGAGCCUUGUUGUGUGCAUACUGAAAAAGAGUCCAAAACUACACAAUCAGACAUUUUACCAAAAGUUAGCAAAAUUAGUCGCAAAACCGUGCAUAAGGAUGUUGAAAGUUGGAGAAGGCUUUUCAAAAACUGGAAGGCCAUGCGACUACUCAAGACACUUACUUUUUCCCAGGAGGAGAAUGACAGUACACACAUCGGCAGCGACAUUGUUGAUUUCCUGCAGUCUAGUGUGAUAAAAUGUGCCGAUGUCAAAAAAUCUAUCGAGUUUCGCACCCGGCAAGCUCAUUAUCGUCUUUCGGGGCUGUUGAUAUUGAAGCAAUUGAUUGAUGAGGCUCGUGUUAAUGCGUCUCUUUCAUAUGUCAUCUUACCUGUAAUUUCAAAAAAUCUAUGCGCCUGGCAUUAUGGUGACGGAGUCGAGUGCUGCCCAAGUGAGGAUAUUUUUCGAUUGCAUGGAUCCUUUUUUCAGUUGUUUGAUGCCAUGCUCAACAAAUAUUUAGAUAAUGGCAACAUUGAUCAACAAAAGGACGAUCAUCGCGAGCGUUAUCAUUGGGGUGUGUUCCUGCUUUCGCUUAUUAUCUCACUCAGACACCAGAUUGACUUCCGCAAGGUUCGAAGUAAUCUUGUGGGUAGGGCUUUUCGAUCCAUUAUGAAAGAUUUACAAGCUAAUGGGCUGGGUUAUCGUCCACGUGUGAAUGGCAUACUUCCAACCGGUUUCCGAGAGACCAAACUGGAUGUUAGUUUAGCCGCUGCGAACAUCAAGGUCGGUGAAUCGGGUCUUACUGUUAAAGCAAAUGGCGGUAGGGGCUCGUGCCUUGCACCAUGCAAAUGGACGGCACUGAAGAACAAAGAGGAAUCUUAUGUCUUUUAUUAUGAAGUUUACGUGGUAGAUCUGCUUCCAGGGGCGAUGUGUGCGGUUGGUGUGGGACCUUUUGAUUGUAGACUGUUUCGAUUACCCGGGUGGGAGGCAAAUUCGUUUUCCCUUCUUAGCGAUGAGGGCGUGCUAUUUUCGGGAAAGCCUACAGGACGCGUCACUGGGAACAGUUUUGGCGUCGGUGAUGUGGUGGGCUGCGGGUGGAACGUAGUGAAGCGGGAAAUAUACUGGACCAAAAAUGGCAGCUUUUUACUCUCCACAAGCGCAGGGGAGACCGUUACAUUUAGCCCUGUAGUUGGUCUAGAUGGGAAAGGUAUUGUUCAGGUAAAUUUUGGCAACUCGCCUUUUUGUUUUGAUGCUUGGCAUGAACGGCCUCUUCAAAUUCUUCCCAUUCAAUACAAAGGGUAUUUCAAGUGGUCAGGCACAGACGCAUGGGACGCGUACCGGGCUUUUAGCCUUCGCGCCACCACGUGUUUGCAUCAAGCCGCUCUUCGUCCGAACAUUUCACCUGAAGCGCUGAAUGAACUGGCAUUAUGUGUUGAACAUUGCCUCGGAACUCUCAGUGAGGAGGUUAUGUAUGCAUGCAAGCAAGCUGAAGGCGCUGUUAGGAAUCCACAGAGCACCUCUACGUCCUACUUGAGAGCCUUGCUUCGACACUGCGGUAUUAUAACUCAGCUCUUGACCCGAGCAUCCCGAAAGUACAUUUCACCUUCUCGUGUAAUCCCCUUAGCCGAUGUGCUUGAGAUAAUUGCCCUUUCUUUGAUACAGCCAUCGACUGAGGUUGAACGUUCAGUAUCCUUGGUCUCACUAGCGUCUUUGAUGGACUCGGAUAUUUUAAUGGUACUUCUGACGACAUGGUACCACACAAUGAAUUUGGUGCCGCCUGACACUUAUGGCGGUGUGCAAGGUGCUGUAUCCUUUUCUUUGUUCGAUAUUACAACUAGUCGUUUUCUCCCGAUUUUACUGGGACUAGCGAGCCGUCUAUGUAUUGACAAUCGGCUCUCAACCUCCAAGAAAAGGGAUUCUGCAACUCAAUUCAUGCCGCCGCUUGUGGAGUAUUUACCGGAUGGUGUGUAUUGGAUGGCGUUGGCUUUGCUUCAACAUCUUAACAGCGCAAAUGACAAGAGUGGGAAGGCAAAUUCUGGGCAACCUGGCAUCGAGACAUCCUCACCUCACGCCUGGAGUGGGGUGUUGGAUGAGUGGAUGAGAGGGGUACUUUCUAGGAUUCAUCAACCAAAUCGGGAUGUUCUGUUAAUUUUGUCUAUUCUUGGUGGUGGUCCGCGUUUGGCAGUUCCGGGAGAUGUAGUAAAUGUCAUACGUACAAAGCGUACAGUUACCAAAGCCUCGCUUAUUAAUAUUUCUAUAAUGGAAGAGGUAUGCGAAGUGGUAGAGGAUCAAGUGUACCGAGUGUUGCCUUUGCGUUUAGUGGAUCUUAUCAUUGCUGACGAUGAGUCCAAUUACUAUCCAACCUGCGACUCGGUAUCACAUCAAAGGCAGGCAAUAGAAGUGCUUUCACUUGCGCUUCGUCUGAUAGCAAGUGGAAGUUGGUCUGAUUUCGAUGGAAGCGCAUUAUUGGCCCACCUACUGUCCGUCUUAUGGCGUUGUACUGUACGUCGUGUUAUAGAUCUGCCAAAAUCUAUAAUAGCAAUGCUCUCGCUUUCUGUGAGGUCGGCGGAAGCGAUACCAGUGGAUUUCCAUCAGUUAAGGAUGGACAAGGUUCUCACUGAGAGCUGUUGUGCUGGAAUGCGCCACCCCACGUCCCCACUUUUUUUACUGACUAACAAUACAAGCGAUGACCUUUCCAGUACUUUUGAGGCCUAUGAUUUAAUGUCGCCGAUUAAUUUCACAGGCCCACAGUGGCAUUCCCCGGCGUAUUCCUCAGAUCAUGGCGUCGACAUUGACGAUGAGGAGCACGGCGAUAACAUUGACACGAACGAGGGUGAAGACAUGAGCGACGAAAUUUUGUCGAGCAUGGACAAUCUGAACCUCGGCGCAUCGUUCUCAUCUGAUAACUUUCUUAAAGACGAAUACUUUCAAACAGCAAUCAUGAGAGGCGCUUAUGAUGCUAUUCGUUUUGAUUGCGGCUACCUGUGUGUAAGGGCGGACCGCUGCAUUGGGUUAAACUACACUCUGAAUCUCCAAAUCUACAUUCAGGAUUUGUCACGACCACAAAUUAUAUUUGCACAGAGUAUUUCUGACAACCUUGUACAUUCCUUUAGCUCCAACGGAGCAAAGGCUUCUGAUAAAGAUGGGUCUUGGCUACUUAUAGCUCGUAUAGUCAACUCAUCAAUUGAGUACGGUAUAAUGACAAGAGAUAGCUUGGACGGAACUCUCACAGCACCUUUGGUUGAAAAUAUCUGCCGAAUACCCCUCACCUCGGAGGACACUGCUCGAUGGAUUCGAUUAACCUUUGUCGGGUCAGCAACCACUCAUUCACUAUAUCGCGAAGGUGUGUUGAGAGACAUCAAACGUGUAGGUGCUAUGGUGGGUUCAUUAUUUCAACAUGAGCUGUUCUUUGGUGGAUUUAACAUGGAGACCGGGACACUGCUGCGUGGUUGCCUUAGGGGCAUAAGGAUUUACGAUGUUGCCAUGAAUCAAGGAAUGGUGGAACAAUUGCAGCCCAUUAGCUUUUCACUUUUAGCGUUUACGGAACCUCAUCUGUGCUUGAUAAUACUAGCUCAAAAGACUGGCUUUAAAAAUUACUCUCGGUCCCCAGUUUCUAUUUCAGCGGAUAUCACUGCGCACGGUGACGUAAGCUACCUCGAAAAUUCCGUUUUCCCUUCGAGGAAGGGUGCUAACUUUUGUGCUCAGGAGCUGGACUACGGCAACAAUCCUGAUGAGGAGAACGUUUUUAUGAUCGAGACGUCUUGGCUAGUAAAUUUUACUCACACUUACCUCACUUUUAUCAAGAGCAAGCGAGAACUUUCAAUAGGUCAGUUAUGGGUGUCAUACCGCCGAUGCUUAAGGCAGCUUAUUACAUUCUAUAGCAUUUCAAUUCUUGCUGAAUUGCUUUACCAAAUUGAUUGGAAGAGUCCUCCCUAUCCUGAAUGGAUCACUGCAUUCGACAGCGCAAACGAUACUUCAGUCAUCAAAGAUAUCCUCCAAUACACUUUUAUUACCGGGAACGAUGUUUUGUAUGGGCUACUUCAAAAUCUACUUCAAACUAUUGCUCGUUCUAACGAAGUGUCCCCGCUAACUACAGCACUUUGCAGAGAUGCCCUCCAAAGUCUCCUCCAAACAGCACAGUGUGAACAAUCUGUACACAUCUAUGAAUCACCUCAUCCCCUCACCCCCUCUCUACCCAAGACAACUCGUGAAAUAUCUUUUGAGGGGCAAAAUUACUAUCAGUUUUUUUUUGAUUCACGUAGCUCCAGCAGCAAUAUAGUCCUGACCUUUUCAAUGGACAAGAUGUUUUCGAGUGUGUUUUCACAAACUCCAGGCUUUGCGUUAACUUCCUUCACCGUACAGCUUCCACGUGUGUAUUUUGAUGUUCGUAUCACGAGCGCGGUGCCACAGUGGGGGUAUAAAAUGUUUGUCGUAUCUGACUGUUUGCCACAGCUGCGAGCGGUACGGCUUAUUCGCACGAUGCUGACUACAGCACUUGAAUGUGAACAUCUACAUCAUUUCCCUUUUUUGAAAUCCGGUGGUUGCUUAAAACAGAUGAGCCAUUGCGCAAUGGUAAACACAGGGAAAACGCGACGUAUCAUACUUUCGUGUUUAUCCGACCUGUUGCUGUCCUUUGAACCGUUCGAUAGAGCCGAUAUGAGCUUGCUUUUCUCGACCAUCCAUGAAAUUCGUCGUAUGGCUGAACGCAGGUACCGCCAAAAUCUAACUGCGCAGCUUCAUGUUACUCAUUGUCGCUUCUUGCAAGUGGCGAUGGAAUGCUACACCUUUUUUAUGGAUGCAUGGCGGUGCUGGGGGGAUUCUUUAAAUUGCGCCGUUGACAAUACGGUGUUGACUUCUGUUCAGGAACAGAUGCUCUUUGCUCAGCGUCGUUUAGAACAGCGCAUGCUCUACCGCUUUCGAGAUAAUGGCAAAGAGCGUGUAACAUUGCAGAAGAGCUCUGAUGCGAACCACCUACAUUUGGACUGGACCGCUGACAUUUGCGUUGUACGCAAUGACGGAGGGUGUGCCUCAAUGAUUGCACAGGUUUCUCUUACACGCGGCAAGUGGUAUUUUGAGGUUCGAAUUGGUGGCACAGGCAACUCUUUUAUCGGUGUUCUGCCGAGCGCAUCUAUGUAUCCUGGAGAAAUUACUCGAUCGGUUGUCAACCAGUUCGCAUUUAAUGGCUUCACUGGAUUAUUACAGGGUGCAGAUAAAUUGACCAAAAAGAUUGCUUCUCUCGAGACAUGGCAACAUAAGGAUUACGUAGGUGUUGUACUCGAUAUGGAUGAGAAAAUGUGCCGCUUUCUCAUUAAUGGCAAGGACGUAAACGUGAGCUUUAGCUUUGGUGGUGAGGAAGGAAGAGCAGCGGCAGCAGCGGCAUGGGCAGAACCACGUGACACCGAAUCUGAAAGAACUCAAGAUGAUACCGUCUUUUUUCCUUACUUCGAGUUGGAGAAAGGUGAAUUAAUGUUCAUUAACUUUGGGGCUUCACAUUUCGAGUACGAAGUACCCUGCGGCUGCUUGCCGCUCGACCCAGCGAAUUUGAUGCUUGGUGCACUGCUUCCUUACAACCAUCUACGGGCCUUCCAAGACCUUUUGGCUCAUCUUCUUACAGGUGGAAGCCACCCCAUGCCACCCUUCUAUUACGAAGAGGCAGAUCCAUUUGCGCAUUCUAUUGAGAGAAAAGGCUCUGCUCACGUAUCGCUUCAUUCUCCAUCGGAUGGUGUUGAGAUCAAUGUUUUGGAGGCAAAGAAUACAGGUACGGGGUUUCAGACUGUCACGGCUGACUGCAGCGUGCUUCUCGGCUGUUGGUACUACGAAGUAACGUUGCACACCCAAGGCCUUAUGCAGAUCGGUUGGAUUGUUAAAGAUAGUAUCGGCAAAGGCAGCGUUGGUGAUAUUCCUCUGUCAUGGUCCAUCGAUCUUUUUCGCCGCAUGCGCUGGCAUAAGGGGAUUGCCGAGCCGCUUGUCAUCUCAAGGCGGUGGAGUGUGGGUGAUGUUAUUGGAUGCGCGUUGAAUUUGUCUGACCGAGAGAUGACCUUUUUCCUAAAUGGACGAUCCAUUGGAAUAACACCUCUGACCUCUUGUACUUUCCACAAUCUCCCUGUCGGUCCUGAAAUUGAGUAUGUUCCCGCGAUUUCGCUUCGCGCGGGAAAUCACGUGAGUUUCAACUUUGGAUCGUCACCUUUCAAAUGUAAGCCCGAUGGUUUCAGCGCCUUGGGUGUGUCUGAUUCAUGGUGUGAGCGCAUCGACACAUUCUAUAGCAAUGAGCGCCCCUCCUUAACUCUUCGAAGAAUGCUGGCGAUACAGCAACUGUGUCGCUCCACAGACUCCUUAGAGGGAACAUUGACUAAAGAGAAGAUUACAGCUCAUUUGCAGUCCUAUCGCACCGUAGUGGAAGUGGUGAAUCAAUUCUGUCAAGAGCCCGGAAAGGUUUACACGCAAAUCACGCAAGAAAGCUUUGAGGCGUUUUACAAAAAAUAUAUAAUGCCUCCUUCCCAUACUGUUCGUGGCGAAAGCAAUACAAAUGAAGACGAAAUGACAAAAUUAUGGAACCAAUUCUUGCUUCUCAAGGCGGUUGCACGUCUUUCUCAGACAAUACUACUUUUUCUUAACAUCAAUACGCAAAACACAAACCUAAUGACAAUGCUGUUCUUGUACACCCGGAACAUCCUUUUCCGUCAGUUGCGCAUCAAUAUGGUAGAUAAUAUGCUUAAGGAAACUAAUGUACACACACAACAUUUGCGCCUUUCGAUCAAUCGCAUGAAGGCUCGUCUCGAGCGUCAAACAUUCCAAUCUUCAGUCUUUGGCCAAACAUUAGCAUUAUUGAUGGAUCACCCGCCUUUGCUAUUUCAAAGCAAUAAGCGUUUCUGGAGCACAACGUUCAUGGGCGAAGGAGCAGAGGAUGUAGGUGGACCUUUUCGCGAGCAUAUUAAUGAGAUUUGCCAAGAGCUAAUGUCCACAAACUUACCACUUUUUGUACCUACAGCAAAUCAUGUUCACAACUUGGGAAAGUGCCGCGAUGCCUUUGUUCCAGCUGCCUCCGCAACUGGGCAGCUUGAACUCGCCGCAUACGUAUUCUUAGGUAACCUUAUGGGUGGUGCUAUACGUUCUGAAGAGCCACUGAGUCUUUUCUUUCCACCGCUCGUGUGGAAGUAUAUGUGUUCCUACCCCAUUAUGGAUAACGACUUGGAUGAUGUGGACCGCAUUUGCUGGCAAUGUAUUCAUGAGUUCCAGAAUGCGCAGAGAGAAUUAGGCAGCAAAGAGGCCUUUAACGAGGCCUUUGAUACGGAAUACUUCGUAACAAAACUUUCAGAUACCUCUACCAAAGAGCUGAUAGAGAAUGGUGCUAAUAUUAAGGUAACCUAUGACCGUUGUGGUGAGUACGCUGAGGCACUCCUGAAGACGCGGCUGCAUGAGUUCGACUUCCAGCUGAGAAAAAUACGAGAGGGCAUGCUUCAAGUGGUACCGGAGCUAGUGUUGCUAUUGCUUUCGCCGGAAGAGCUGGAGAUGCGGGUGUGCGGUCAGCCCGAGUUCGAAAUAAGUGAACUGAGAAAGUCAACUGUGUAUGAAGGUUUGACAAGUGAGGACCGCCGCGUCUUAUUACUGUGGUCUGCACUCGAAGAGGCUACGCCGAGGCAACGGAGUCUUUUUUUGCGCUUCGUAUCCGGCCGUGAUCGGAUGCCUGUGAAGCUGCGUGUUCUCCCGUUGCCCACCCUGAGGGAUCCAAAUACAUAUCUUCCGCGCGCGGCUACAUGCUUUUUUGCGCUUGAGCUUCCUGACUACAGAUCCCUCGAGGUGAUGAAAGAAAAGCUAUAUUACUGCAUAGAAAAUUGUCUUGAUAUUGACACCGAUUUCAACGCGAGGCAGACUUUAGAGACCGAGGGGCCUCGUCUAGUUGUGGGAAUAAAUGAUGUUGGUGUCAAUCAUCACAUUGAGCAUUCCAAUUCCAAUUCUAGCGAAUAA